UUAGCAUAUAUGUUACUGGUUAAGAGUAAAUAAAGAUGAAUCUUCUAUUUUCAUAGAAGUUUCAGGUUCGAUUAGAAAAAAAAGCACUUUCAGGAUGAAUAUAUCCUGGAUGGAUGCACAGCAAAGGCCUAAAAUCACCCAGUUAAGAAUACAACUUGUGAACAGACUCUCUGCAAAGUUUGACUCAGAAAAAAUAAAGCAGAACAAUAGUUGGAGACUUUUUAGUAAAGAGAAUUUAGGCGAGGUCUCUAAAAUUUGCAUUUGGGCACAUUGAAGCACCAUCUGUGCCAUUUGACUUUUCUCAUGUACCAAACCAUUUCUUUCACUUUCACUUUUACUUGUGGUGAUCAAAACAUGCAAAUACAUCAUUAUGUGGCUUUAAAACAGUAAAUCAAAGAUAAAAAAACGAUCAAACAAAGUGGUGCUGUGCGUAAAGCCGGUUUUUGGAUCUGUCACAGCGCAGCUGUUGCGCGCGCAGAUAUCUCCGCCGGGGAAGGGCGGAUUUUAAAGAACGACACGUCAUUGGAAUACUUAGAGCCAAUAGAAUCGAUUGGUACCAAGAAAGACAAGAUUGACAGCACUGUGAGCCAAUAGGAGACAGAAAGGCGUCGCCAUAUUUGAAAUGUGAAAUCCGAUUCGCUGAAAUUGAACUUCCUGACAGCUGAUUAUGACGCUUCCCCAAAAGUCCGCCUGGUUUUUAAAGGGACAUACACACACACUAAAGCCAUGCCAGCUGGAAUGCAGGGGAGAGAAACGUUUUUUCUUCUUCUCAAGAACAAAACAGGUAGAGGAGAGCAGGAGGCCAUGGAGGCAGACAGCUCCGAGGACAUCGAGUCUCUCAUGGAGGACAUGGACUACAUACCGGGCCACUUCCACCUGGACCUCAACCUCAACUGUGACCCCGCCGGGCCGGCGAAGCUGAGGUUCAGGGACACGUACCUGAAGCAGGAGAGCCUGCGAGGCGAGCUGGAGGCCGAGGCGGGACACCUGCAGUACGCCGUCCGGAACCUGCUGGGCUUCCUGGCUUUUCACCUGGAACACUUGGAGACGGCCGAGGAAAUAUUCAGGAGCAUUUGUAAAGAAGACCCCGGGAACCUCAACGCCUGGGCCAACCUGGGCUACGUGUACGACAAGCUGGCCCGAGAGCUGGAGGCGGGGGAGUGCGUGGAGAAAGUGUCCCAGCUCAUGGGCCUCGAGGCCGGGGAGGAGUUCCAGGGCGAGGCCCGGCUCCUGGCGGCCCGCUGCCUGGCCGAGCAGGCGUACGUCCAUCCCUACGACGUGGAGCUGGACGGCGAGAACGACCUCCGGGUCCGACUGACGGCGGCGCUGACGCUCUACAACCGAGCCCUGAUCUACGGGGGUGAGCUGAAUAUUCUUGUUUUUCAGAUUCAAAUAGAGGAAAAAAGAAGCUGGUAUUUCAAAAUGGCGACCAUCUAUAUCAGACUGGACGACAUCGUGAAGACCACAGCCGACUCGGAGUACUCCAGACUUCCUGUCUACAACAAGGGCCUGAAGCUCCUGAAGGAGGCUCUGGAGUCGGAGAAGACCCAACACAAAGCUCUCACCUGGUGUUACAUUGGCGUCAUGCUGGAGAGGAAGGAGGAGUUCUCCACCGUGCCCAUGGCCGUCCACGACUGUGGCUACUCGGCUACGGAUCCUCUGUCCUGCUACGCAACCGCCAUAAAGUUGGCCCGUGGCGAUGCGUUCACCCUGAACCUGCUGGCGAAGGUCUUCUUCCUGUUGGACAAACAUGAGAUGGCGACCGGGAUCUGCAACAUGGCGCUCAACGUGCUCCCCGACCCGGAGCUCAACUGGCAGGCCUACUGCACCCGGGCCAAGAUCAAUGUGAUGCUCUACGUCAGAGACUUGGAGAAGGUCAAACAAGGUCACGGGGGAAUCCCAGACCGACAGAAACUAACCGAGGCCAGAACAGACUUGGACAAGGUCCUGAGCGUACGUCAGUGUGUGCGGACUCACCUGGAGAUGGCACAGGUGUACUACUACAUGGGCGUCGAUGCGCUCCAGGAGAGCCUCUUGGUGGACGAGGGCGCGGUGGACUGCGCCCUGGUGAGUCUGUCCCACGCCCAGCAGUUCGAGCUGGGCGGCAGCCUGCCGGACCUGCACGUCAUCCGAGGCCGAUGCCUCCUGCUGAAGGGCGAGGAGCGGAACGCCGCAGACUGCUUCAAGCGGGCCGUGGAGUUGGAGAGGCCGGGCAGCGGCUCGGACGCCGCGGCCCUGCGCUGCCUCCUCGAGACCCUCUUGACCUUGGUCACGCAGGGAGACCCUCACCCGAGUCUCGCCAUCACCCAACUGGAGCUGUGGGUGCAGAAGGCGGGGGAGAGGUACCCCGAGGACAUCGUGAAGUCCGUGCUGAGGGGUCUUUACAGGAGUCGCACGGCAGAGGUCACGGAGCUGUCCAGGGCUCUCAUCCGGACGGGCAGACUGGACCUUGUGAGGAGGCUGCUGGACACGGUGGUGCCCAAGCAGCUCACUAAGAAGACAGCAAACAUGGCGUUACACGUGUGAACGGAUCCAACGCAGACAUCAAUGAACUUCUUGACAACCUUUUGCCAGAUACGCUUGGACAGCAGCGGUGCAUCGCGGCUGAACUCUCCAGUCUCUAGAGACCAAACUCUAUAGACAUGUAUGUAUAUAUAUAUAUUAUAUAUAUAUAUUAAAUUUGUAUGGUAAAAGUGAACUUUUAUAUAU